GCUCUGCCGGGAAGUGGCAGGGGCUUCACGUAACAAAUCACCCCGUUUCCCCCAAAUCACAGCCGAGUUUCAUAGUCUGAAAGCGUAUUCCCAUUCUGCGUGUACAUGAGGAGGAAAUAGUACAUCGGAUAAGCCACUAUUCAAAGUUGUGAUGGACCAGUUACACAGCCGAUGGAUAUUGCAUCUUUUGACGCUUUACAUAAAGUUCUCAGUUAACGAAUGUAUCACCAGAACCUACUACAUUGGAAUAAAAGAGGAAACUUGGAACUAUGCACCGAGUGGCAAAAAUCUUAUUACUGGUAAACCAGUUGUCGAGGACAAACAUGCACCCGUUUUUCUGCAGCGAGGCCAACGCCGCAUUGGAAGUGUUUACAAGAAAGCCAUUUACAAGGAAUUCACGGAUCUGAACUACGAUCAGGAAAUUCUGAAACCGGACUGGCUGGGCUUCCUCGGUCCUGUUCUGAGGGCAGAGGUGGAUGAUGUCAUAGUUGUCCACUUGAAGAACUUUGCUUCAAGGCCAUAUUCCCUGCAUCCACAUGGUGUUUUCUAUGAGAAAGACUCUGAAGGGGCUCUGUAUCCUGACGGGACCACAGGGAGGCUUAAGCAUGAUGACGCAGUUUCUCCAGGAGAGAACUAUACCUACACAUGGAUUGUGAAGCCAGAGUACGCUCCCACAGAUGAGGACGCCAAUUGCCUUACCUGGGUCUACCACUCACAUGGCGAUGCUCCGCGGGACAUCUACUCCGGCCUCAUCGGGGCUCUCCUCACCUGUAAAAAAGGUACCCUGUUGCAGAAAUCUGGUCACCCCACCAGGCUGGACCGGACCGACGUGGACAAGGACUUCUUCCUGAUGUUCAGUGUGGUGGAUGAAAACCUCAGCUGGUACCUAGAGGAGAACAUUGAGACAUUCUGCUCAGAUCCAGCAGGCGUGGACCCUGAGGACAAGGAUUUUCAGAAGUCCAACAAGAUGCAUGCCAUUAAUGGGUACGUGUUUGGGAACCUGCCCGGCAUAGAGGUGUGCCUGAACCGGAACGUGUCUUGGCAUCUUUUUGGUAUGGGAAAUGAGGGGGACAUCCACUCUGCUUACUUCCAUGGGCACACCGUGCUAGACCGGGGCCAUCGCACUGACGUCCUAAGCCUGUUCCCAGCCACCUUCGUCACAGCAGAAAUGAUCCCUAGGACAACUGGGAAAUGGAUGCUGAGCUGCCAAGUCAAUGACCACAUACAAGCUGGGAUGCAAGCCUUCUACCAGGUCUCAGCCUGUGGAAGUGAACAUGGUCUUGGAGAGACCUCUGCUGGUAGAAUUCGGCACUACUACAUUGCUGCCGAAGAGCAACUUUGGAAUUAUGCUCCACUUGGGAUGGAUACUUUCUACAAUCUGGUUCUAAAUGACUCAGGAAGCCACUCCGAAGUGUUCUUCGGUACAAGCAAUGGCAGGCUAGGAGGUGUGUAUGAAAAGGUCCUCUAUAUUGGGUACACUGAUGAUACCUUCACCACCAAGAAGCACAGAACUGCUGAGGAAGAGCACCUUGGAAUUCUGGGUCCCAUAAUCAGAGCUGAAACUGGUGAUAUCAUUGAAGUUACAUUCGUAAACAAAGCUAAGAAAGCAUACAGCCUCCAGCCUCAUGGCCUGCAGUAUGAGAAAACAUACGAGGGGGCCAGCUAUUGGGAUGAUGCCCAGAAGAAUGGGUCACAUGUGCUCCCAGGCCACAGAUUCACCUACAGGUGGCAAGUGAUGGAGGGUCCCUCUCCUAAUGACCCAGCAUGCAUCUCCUAUCUGUACUACUCCUCUGCCAACCCCGUUAAUGACACCAGCUCUGGCCUCAUAGGCCCCUUACUUGUGUGCAAAAAGGAUGCACUGGAUGAAAGUGGGUCGCAGAAAGAGGUGGACAGAGAGUUCUUCCUGCUGUUUUCUGUGAUGGAUGAGAACCUCAGUUGGUACCUGAAGGAAAACAUUGACAGAUUUGGGGAUGAUAAAUCUGACCCAGAAAACAAGGACUUUAAGGAGAGCAAUAAGAUGCAUGCGGUGAAUGGAUUUAUGUAUGGUAAUCUCCCUGGCCUGGAGCUGUGUGAUGGGGAACGCGUCUCCUGGCACAUGCUUGGUCUUGGCACGGAGGUGGAUAUCCAUGGGGUCUACUUCCAGGGCAACACCUUCCAAAGAGAAGGGAUGACCCGGGACACCCUCAGCUUGUUCCCUCACACUGCAGUGACUGUUACCAUGACACCAGACAAUGAUGGCCUGUUCGCAGUGACCUGCAGGACAAGCGAUCACCACCUGGGCGGGAUGAGGCAUCAUUACUCUGUGAAGAGGUGUGAGCGGCAGGACGUCCCAGACAAAACGGCCCCCCGCUCUACAGUGCAAUACUUCAUUGCUGCUGAAGAGAUGGAAUGGGACUACUCCCCCAGCAGGAACUGGGAGCUUGAGAAACACAAUGUUUCUGCUGACGGCAGUCCUGGAAAUAAAUUUGUUGGAACAGGACCCAAUCUGAUUGGCUCUAAGUACAAGAAGGUUGUGUACAGGGAGUACACGGACGCAACCUUCCGGAAACGCAAAGCAAGAUCAGCAGACGAGCAACAUCUGGAGAUUCUGGGUCCAAUUAUCAGGGCAGAAACUGGAGAGCGUAUUCUAGUGAACUUCAAGAACAACGCAAGCAAGCCAUAUUCUAUGCACGCCCAUGGAGUGAAAACACAUGCCGGUCACGUACCCAUCCAGCCAGGCGGAAUGAAACAGUACCAAUGGGAUGUUCCAGAACGCUCUGGACCUGGACCUUCAGACCCAAACUGUAUCACCUUUGCAUAUUACUCAACAGCUGAUUAUGUAAAGGACACGGUCAGUGGGCUGAUUGGACCUCUGGUCAUCUGCAGGGAGGGGACUCUGGAUGAAAGCAGACAGAGGCGGGACGUGCACCGGGAGUUUGCUCUGCUCUUCAUGGUGUUUGAUGAGAAUGAAUCGUGGUACCGGGAGGACAACAUCAAGACCUACAUGGACAAACCUCCAGAUGCUGCACACAUGGAUGAUUUUGAAGAGAGUAACAAAAUGCAUGCCAUCAAUGGAAAGCUCUAUGGUAACCUCAAUGGCCUGAUUAUGACAGAAGGGCAGAAGACCAACUGGUACCUUCUGGGGAUGGGCAAUGAAGUGGACAUACACACCGUUCAUUUCCAUGCACAGAGCUUCAUAUACAAGACAGACCAUUCUCACCGUGCGGACGUCUAUGACCUUUUCCCGGGAACAUUCCAGACAGUGGAGUUGAUUGCAGGGAAUCCUGGGGAGUGGUUACUACAUUGUCAUGUGACGGAUCACAUCCAUGCUGGCAUGGAGGCAACCUUCACCAUCCUAAGUGGCAAAGCCUCUCCUGCACUGAAAAGCACCCUGCUCACCUGUGACAUAGGAGCAAUGGCAUCACUGCUGGCCUUCGUAGGACUGGGGCUCCUGGCAUCAUCACUUUAGGCUCUAGGAGACUUUUUUGGUCAACAGAAACAUACUAGUCUCAUCUUGAAACAUAGGAGAGUUCUUGCUUUAAUUCAAGAACCUUAUCAGGUACAUAUAUUACUCUUCUUUGAUAAUUAAGGAAGGAAACUGUACAUGUUGGCAGAUUUCAGAUUUGCUCAAGGGCACCCACAGAGAAACUCUAAGAGAAUGUUCAGUAUUUUCCAUUAAGAGUUUCUCUGUGGGUGCCCUUGAGCCCAAAUUUAAGUGUGUCUCAAGUUCAAGUGAUAUACAGUACUUCUGACUUGGGUUAUAUUAUAAUUUGAGUUUACCAAUUUUUCUCUCUAUUUUAGUGUACUUGAGUUUUUUUGCUGUGGCCCACUGUCGGUUUAGGAGAGUGCAGCAAUUGCAUGUUCUCCUCUGAAAUGGGAUGUAAAAUGUCUGCUUCUUUUCACUGCAGUCCAACAGUCAAAAUUGCACAGAUGUUGAGCCAGAGUAGGACAUGAAUGUGUAGCUUGUGCUGUCAGACUGUGAGACUUUUGUCUGUGAGAGUACAAGUAAAUUAAUGUGUUUUUUUCCUGCUAUGACAGGUAGAUAGGUGAAGCUCUUCCUGCACAGACUAUCUUGAAUGGAUAUUGUCUAUAACAAAAGCUUCGACUAUCUAGCUGUCAUAGCUGAAUGAACACCUUCAUUUACUUGUCCUCUCACAGGCAAAAGUAAAUGAUAAGCAGAUUGUUAGAGAGCUGGUUUGCUCUUGUUUUUAAAAGCACAGCCCUUUUCCAAUACUGACUCUAAAGUUAAUUUUCCUUUGGCUUCCUCACAUUUAAAUAUCUCUGAACACCUGUAUUGUAUCAAUGUGAGAACAUACUAUAUGUGACUUUUUAUGAAUGUUUUCAGAACAUUGUUAAUCAGGGAGUAUGAUAUUUAAUGAUUUAGUUUUAUAGCACUUACAGAAAUUGACACUGUCAAUAUUUUCACUGAAAUAUAGAAGAAGGAGCAUUGCACCUUUGUGCAAUUUUGUGCAAACUUUUUAAAGGCAAAACUAUAGGCAUAGGAUGAAACCUCUUUUAAAGACAGGCAAGACUGAACCCAUACUUGCACCCAUACUGCACUCAGAUAAAGGGGAGAGUUUACCUAUAUCAUUAUAGUAUGGUUAUUUACAGCAUCCUUUAAAACAUUUUAAGCCUAAUUUUCUCUCUAUUUUAGUGUACUUGAGCUUUUUUCUGUGGCCCACAGUCAGUUUAGGAGAGUGCAGCAAUUGUGUGUUCUCCUUCAAAAUGUGAUGCAAAAUCAUCGCUUCUUUUCACUCUGCAGUCCAACAGUCAAAAUUGCACAGAUGUUGAGCCAGAGUAGGACAUGAAUGUGUAGCUUGUGCUGUCAGACUGUGGAUGACCAAUUGACCAGAGAGGGUCACUGGUGUGUGAAGAGAUACAGAUGUCCCACUAACUGAAACGCAUUCCAUUUCCCAGGUGACAUUUAUGCACCACUUUACAGGGCUAUCAGCCACAACUGGGAUUAGAUUAAAUUAGACUAGUUUAGAUUAGAUACCAAAAGUGUGGGGUCCAUACACACAUUAGAACAGCACCUUAACAGGAUGCGCCAAGUAGCAGCCCUAUACAUUGUUUAACAAAAUUAUGCUUUUGUACAUUAUAUGCAUUUUAAUAUGGAAAAUUUCACUUAUGAAAACUGUGAAAACUGAGAGGCUGUUUUAUUGGGGAGGUUCCUACGUAUUCUGUUCUGUUAUCUGAUCUGUUAUGCUUAUCCUACACCUUAAAUUGAUUGUGAGGGAAUUGUUCAUGAAUGCAAUUUCAAUAAGUGUAUUUUACUAUCCACAUUGCUAAAAUCUUUCCUUUUUAAAAUAUUUCCAUUUUCCCCAUUCUUAUGACUGCUACUCUGAAUGUGAAAAUUUUAGAUUUUAAAAAUCAUAUAAAAAGUCAUAUAAACUGACUGAAACAGAAAAGGAAAAACCAGUAAUACUGUAAACACAAUGAAAUAAAAAAACGGCACUGUA